GAGUAACGAUGUUGUGUUUUAUUAUUAUUUUUCUGAGUGGUGUGUUGUGCGAGUAGUGAUGGCAGGUGACGUCGUCUGCUGGUGUUUACAAACUGUGAGUGCAGGAAGUGGGUCGCUGCUGCAGCUGUCAUGGACGGUCUCUCUCUCGUCGACAGUGUAGGCAACGACGAGGCUGUCAUCGCCACCAACGACGACGCAGCCUCCUGCAAGAGGUGUGCCGUCGCCCUGGGCUACUGGCAUGACCGCUACAUCAGCUACUUCGUUAGGUCAACCGACCGCAAAGCACCGGAGAUCAAUCGUGGCUACUUCGCUCGUGCUGUUGCAAUUAAAAUACUCGUAGAUAAAUUUAUCGAGGUGAAUAAUGGCAACUGUCAGAUUGUAAAUAUUGGAGCUGGAUUUGACACCCUCUACUGGAGACUAAUUGAUGAAGGAAAAUCUGUCAAAGGAUUUGUUGAGCUGGACUUUCCUGGGGUAACCUCUCGAAAAUGUCUGUACAUCCAACGAACAAAGCAACUUCUUCAGGCAGUUAGUGAUGAAGAUUAUGAUGUUAAGCUCAACAGGCAUAAUCUUCAUGGCCAUACCUACAAACUUGCUGGAGUUGACCUUAGAAACAUCAGUGAAGUUGAGGCCAAGAUCAAAGAAUCUGACCUGGAAUAUUCUCUACCAACACUGUUCUUGGCUGAGUGUGUCCUGGUUUACAUGACUAUACACAGGUCUUCACAACUCCUAAAAUGGAUUGCUGAAAACUUCAAAUCAGCAUUUUUUAUUAAUUAUGAAAUGGUUAAUUUAGGCGAUAGAUUUGGAGAUGUGAUGCUGAGUAACUUGCAUUUACGAGGCUGUGACUUGGCUGGUGCCGAGGCAUGUCAGAGUACUGAGACACAAAGGAAGAGAUUUCUUGAUGCUGGGUGGGCUGGAGCAGAUUCCUAUGAUAUGCUUGGAAUAUGGGCUCGAUUGCCACCAGAAGAAAUAGCAAGAGUAACACAGAUUGAGCUGUUAGAUGAGCAGGAGCUCCUUAAUCAGUUGUUCAGCCACUAUGCUAUCACUACUGCCUGGACUGAUCAUAGGUGGUCUGAUGUACAGCUGUAGCUCUCUUGUAGUACACUACCGUGUACAGGUCAUUAUACCACAAUUUUUUUUUUCAUUCAUCUCUGCCUUAUCAACAUCUCAUUUUGUAGUGAUUGGUGAUGGUUUUUGGUAGCUGUUGUACUGAUGCCACCAGCUUUAAAAUGGUAAAAUUAUUUUGCAUUCAUUAAGUAUUAAGGUUGCCACAGGAACUUUUUAAUUACUGUAUGAGAAGAGCAAAUCUCAUGGCAUAUAGUAUUAAACUUUUGUUUAUAUACCAAUACACAAUAUUUGGUAAAGUUGGUAUUUAUAAUUUUCCUACUUGAAUUAUCUUUCUCAGUCUAUUUUCGGCCAUUAAUGGAUUAUAAAUGUUAUACAACAUGUUAAUCGCUCAUGCUUUAAAUGUUAUCCUAAUGAGAGUUAACAUAUUCAGUAUGUAACCACUUAUAACCUCUUGGAGAACAGUGUUAGUGUGUAAAACUAGUUUCAUCUCAUUGCACUGGCCACAAUUGAGAUAAGACGUACAGUGCUAGACCUGGUAUGACAUGUAAGUUAUUUGAUGUUAAUAUGAUAAUUUAAGAAUGUUUUUCAUUGUUAUGGCAUUGAAGGAAGUUGUUUAAUAAUAAUACUCAGUGGCAUAUACAUGUAUAUAUGUGUGUAUGUGUGGCAUCAGGAAAUUUUUGAUUUUUUAAUAAAAGUUAAAAAAAAUUGUUAUAUGAAAUUUACCUUUAUGAGAUCUUUAUUGAUAUUUCUUUUUUAAAUUUAAAAUUAAAUUUAUGUACUUUAUUGCAUGUAAUUAUAAGUGUCUAUAAGCAUUUUCUCACUGUAAUGAGAAUCUUGAAAGUGUUCUCAUUUUGUGUAGGUGUGGGUUGAUGGAUAUGUAAAAUAAAUAUUUUUUAAUUAACUAUUUGGGUUUGAAGAGGGUGAGCUCUGGCUCUUGGUCCCACCUAAACAUUUGACUGACUUGAAAUAGCCAAGUCGUAUUUAUACAUAUUUGAAUGUAUAUAUGGAAUCUGCUUCCAUGUCAUUUACAGCUCAUUACACUUCUUAAUUAUUCUUUCUUUCAACACACCGACCACAUCCCACCGAGGCGGGGUGGCACAAAAGGAAAAACGAAAGUUUCUCCUUUUACAUUUAGUAAUAUAUACAGGAGAAGGAGAUACUAGACCCUGGCUCCCGGCAUUUUAGCUGCCUCUUAUGACACGCAUGGCUUAUGGAAGAAUUCUAUUCCACCCACCCAUGGAGAUAAGAUGAAAUAAACCAGAACAAGAACUAGUAAGAAAAUAGACAAAAGCACAGAUGGGGUGUGUGUGUAUAUAUAUGCUUGUACAUGCAAGUGUAGUGUGACCUAAAUGUAAGUAGAAGUAGUAAGCUGUACCUGAAAUAUUGCAUGUUUGUGAGACAAAAAAAGACACCAGCAAUCCUACCAUCAAGUAAAACAAUUACAGGCUUCCGUUUUACACUCACUUGACAGGACGGUAGUACCUCCCUUGGGUGGUUACUGUCUACCAACCUACUACCUACUUCGUAAUUAUUCUUUCUUUCUUUCAACACACCAGCCGUAUCCCACCGAGGCGGGGUGGCCCAAAAGGAAAAACGAAAGUUUCUCCUUUUACAUUUAGUAAUAUAUAAAGGAGAAGAGGUUACUAGCCCCUUGCUCCCGGCAUUUUAGUUGCCUCCUACAACACGCAUGGCUUACGGAGGAAGAAUUCUGUUCCACUUCCCCAUGGAGGUAAGAGAAAAUAAACAACAAGAACAAGAACUAGUAAGAAAAUAUUAGAAAACCCAGAGGGGUGUGUAUAUAUAUAUAUGCUUGUACAUGUAUGUGUAGUGUGACCUAAGUGAAAGUAGAAGUAGCAAGACAGAAAAAUGGACACCAGCAAUCCUACCAUCAAGUAAAACAAUUACAGGCUUCCGUUUUACUCACUUGACAGGACGGUAGUACCUCCCUUGGGUGGUUACUGUCUACCAACCUACUACCUACUUCGUAAUUAUUAUUAUCUUUAAAUAUUUUCUGAUUCCUGUGGCUCAUUUGUUGGUGAAAUUUUUAACCAUUCCCUCUCUUUCUUCAUUCCAGUAGCUGAAGACUUAUCUCAUUCUUUCUUCGUAAUUCAUUUACCUCAGUUCAGCACCAGUCAGGAUGUAUUUUUUUUUUUUACUCGAGUUAUUAGUGUUACAUACUCAAGAAUGGGCCACUAUUGAAAUGUGUUUUGAACAAAUUUGAGUUCCUGAAUGACACCCUGUGUACUGGCUUAAUCUGUACUGCUGCUGUUAAUCUCUUAUAUGUAUACUUCGGGGAAUAGGUUUGGGGUAAUGGCUAUUCUUAAGUUUGGACUCUUAAUUGCAUACAUGAACUUUUUUGUUUAGAUGUACUCUUCAGACAACUUUUUCCUUCUUCCAGGUUCAUAACUGAUUUUAUUUAGGUUAAAUUUAAGUAACUGUUUAUUCAAUUCCAAAAUCUCCAUACAGGUUUAGUGCCUUUUUGUGAAUAUAAUUCCUGAAGUUUGUCCAAAUUUUCCUUUUAAGUUUGUAUUCUCAUAAUUUUUUUAUUCAUUUGCAAACAAGGAUAUGUAGUUCACUCAAGUUGUCAGAUCAUAAUACACUAGGAACAAUUAUAGGGCCCAACUUGAAUCCUUGCAAGACCUUGCUAGUCACUUUCCCAUCUUGAUUCUCUAGCCUUAUAAUAAUUCUUGAUUUUUCAAUGGUUUCAACUCUUGUUAAUGUUACCUCAACUAUCUAUCUGGAGUGUGUUCUAGGGUUAAUGCCCCUGAGGCCUAGUGAAAGCUUUUGUAUAGCAACAUAUUCCUAGACUAUCAGAGCUUUUGAUAAGCAGUCCAUCCACACCUCAUUUCUGUCUGAUCUGUUCAUUAUCAUAAGGUUUGUAAACCACAUCCUUCCAUUUCUGAGCUCAUGUUGGUAUUAUUGGAGUAUUUGAAUGAUUUCAUCUUUGCUAUUAAUUUUUUUUUUAACACGUCAACUGUUUCCCACAGAGGCAGGGUGACAAAUGGCCGAAGUGUUAAAAAAAAUAAUAAUAAUAAUAAUAGCAAAGAUGAAAUCACUCAAAUACUCCAAUACCACCAGCAUGAACUCAGAAAUGGAAAGAUAUUAUUAUAUAAUAAUAAUAAUCAGGGGAAGUACUAUACCCAUAGGGAUCAUACAGUGCAUGGGGGAAAGUUACAGUACUAUUUUUUUUUUUUACUUCUGUUGAGCUCAUUGCAAACUUCUGUCAUUUUCUGCAUGUUACCCCUUAUCACUUGAUGCCAUAAUUACAUUAUGGCACACUUGCUGUGAGGUAGUUUUUGUCAUUUUGCCUUGACCACUAUGCCAUUUAUAAACUGUUUUUUCAGCUUUCCUCCUCGCCCAAAGACAAUUUCUGUCUUUUUGCUCUCUUCCCUGUUGUGUGGUAUUAGGUUCAAUCUGCACUUUUUUUUUUUUUUUUUUUGGUCAAUGGUUUUUAACACUGUACACUGAUGGCUGAACCAUGGGUUCUUCUGGUAUUUAUUCCUGGCAGUAUAGUACAGACUGUUGCAACCUCCACACUAAAAAUUAUCAUAAACUGGGUGGAUUGUCCUAUGAUUUCAGUGUUUCACUCUGAUUAUGACCAAAAACAAUCUAUAUAAUCACCUGCCAUAUACAUCAAUUCAACAGUUUUUAUAUAUAUACAUAUAUGUAUAUAUAUAUUUUUUUUUUUUUUUUUUUCCAACAAGUUGGCCGUCUCCCACCAGGUAGCAGAAUGCCAACACCCAGUAAUCACUUCCUCCCAGGAGUAAUCUUUAUCUCUGCAUUAGUCUCAUUUGUGAUAUAAACAAGCAGCAUUAAUCAUUUCAUCUGGCUUUUUAUCAUGCUACCUUAAGAAGCUCUGCAUUAUCAAAUAAAGUAGCUUCUCUAUAUAUGUAACUUGAUUAUAAUAAUAUAUAGGUAACAGUGUCUCCUUAGUUGAAACUCUUUAUGGUCAUUAUCAGUCUUGGUUCUCUGUUGCUGUUUGGGUUUUUUGUUGGUUGAUUGUAAAUGGCUACUACAAGCAGCCCAUCCUGACACCAUGAAUAAAAAAAUAUUGCCGAUUUUUAAGUGUUGCCUGGGUUCACCACGGCACCACACUGCUUGACUUACUAUGCCCAUUUUAUUUUGUCUGUGCACCUGUAGAUUUAAACUUCAUUUAACUGGCCUUAUUUUAAAUAGAAAAUUUCUAUUUAUUUCAAGAAUACACAUUAUGCAUUAUAUUUCUGUUAUUUACAAUACAGUAUAUGACUUGAGUGCUGUGAUAUUGUUGAGGGGAGGGAGGAGGAUUUUAAGAAAGAGUGAAGAUAAUUUUAUUUAAGAUGUCGCUGUAUGACCCUUGUAGGUUUAGCACUUCAUUUUUUAUAAUAAAUGGCCGACGUAUUAAAAAAAUUAAGAUGUUGCUUUCACUCCUGGCGCCUCUUUCUUCUGGGGUACACUUGACAGACAAGACUGCCAUCGAUUAGCAGAUGCUGGACAGAUUAUUAAAAAAUGAGUGCUAAACCCAUGUAGGUUAGUACACUACAGUCUGGGCUAUAUAGUUACUUAGAAAACAAGUGGUUGUAAAAUUUUCAUAGUACAUGUUUUUUUUU